CUAUGUUAAUGAAAUAAAUCAAAUGUGUACCUCAAAGUGCAAUGUCUCAGCAAUUUUUGCAGUUCGGCGAAAAUGGCGUGUAUGAUGCGCUGGUCGAAGGUCACCAAAGUAACUUGUACUCGUGCCAGCCAGCGUGUCGCUCGACAGGUUUGUCUGGCCUCAAAAGCAGGCGACGCCCGAAAAGGUCAGAGUUCGACAUGUCACAUCAGGACGCACAACAAAACUAGUCAGGACACACGACACAACUCAUCCAAAUCACACCUUCAUCUCUUAGAAGAUCCAGGAUACAGAAUGGGGUUGCGAGGUUGUCUGCUGUUGAUGACCUUUCUUUCCAUGAACGAUGGGCAGCUUAUAUUGACUAUUGAUGACUCUUGUUUAGUGAGGCCCAAGUACGGCCCGCCCGGACAUGGGCACGCCAGGCGGUCCCCGUGUGUGAACUGUGACGUCUUACGCCCGGAGCUCAUCAACCUGAACGAUUCCCUCCCACAGUCCGUGGUGGAACUCGGAUUAAGUAACGUGGUAACGGACCUGGAAGAGCUAUGUGAUUAUGAUUUGAUUCAGUUCAAGGGACGUAUCGGACCAAUCGGCGCUGGGGGUGGGCGCAGGCGCCGUAGAGCAGCCACACAUUGGAGCCGUGUGGGACGCGGGACUAGUCUGGUCUAUAACGUCACCCACGAUGUGACAGGCGGGGAUGGAGAGCAGUUCUUUGCUUUUGAUUUCCCAGCGUUGGAUAGCCUCGACGCUCUUGAAGGUCCUCUUCAAAGCCUUUCACCAGUUGUGUUGGAGUUUAGCGGUAGACCUGAAUACGCCGCUACAAACGCGGAGGCGAUGCCGUCCCUGGUGGAGGAUUUCCAGAGCAUGCUCGCCAGUUUUGACUGUCCUAACGGACCUAACUGUGGCCUGACACGUGGAGAGGAGAGUGUGGUACAGCUUGACGAGUACUGGUCUAUUGUUCAAAGGUUGUCCCUUGAGUACGACCCCGCACCAGGAGGGACGAGGAGGAGGAGAGCUAUAAGAUUUAGUGUUCCUCCCGCCGCUAUUGCUACAGAUGCCUGCCUGGUGAGGCCGAAGUACGGUCCGCCAGGACACGGGCGCGCCACGCGACCUCCCUGUGUCAACUAUGACGUCUUACUACCAGAAGUGACAAGCCUCGCCACUAAACUCCCACAGUCCCUUGCGGAACUCGGCCUCAGUGAGGUAGCAAAAGAUCUGGAAGAACUUCGCAACGCCGAUCUAAUUCAGUUCAAGGGGCCGAUCGGACCAAUCGAUGGCGUUGGCGGCAGACGCAGGCGCCGUAGAGCAGCCACACAUUGGAGUCGGGUAGGACGUGUGACCAACCUGGUCUACAACGCGACCCACAAUGUGACCAACGGGGAUGGGGAGCAGUUCUUUGCUUUCGCUUCUCCUCAGUUCGAUAGUCUGUUAGAAAACGACACUCUUGAGGGUCCUGUUCAAAGCAUGCUGGAAGAUGUGGAGGGGUUUCCUAACAACUACCCAGCUACCACAGCCGAGGCGAUGCCGUCCCUGGUGCAGGAUUUCCGCAACAUGCUCGACAGCUUCAACUGUAGCAACAACGGUCCGAACUGCAAUCUGCCCCGUGGUACUGACAGCAUAGUACAGUUAGAUGAGAACUGGUCUAUUGUCCAAAGGUACGCCCUCGAGUACGCGCCCGGAGCCAGGAACAUCAGAAUUCUGAAAAAAGGUGUUUUGUUUGUUUUCAGGGUCACGAACAUCUUCGCUCUGUUGUCUAUUGCCAUGAUGCUCCAUGCGACUGCUGUCAGCGGAGCACCCAGAUGUCCGGGUCUGACUCUACUAGACACAACAUCUUCGUGCAGCACAACACCAAACACUGCCGGGGAGUACUCCAAAGGCACCAUCUGCAACUUUGAAUGCAGGUCGGGCUGCGUUAGGGAGGAAGGGUCAAAAGUGAGAGAAUGUAAAAUCCGGCCUAUACGGUGGGCGGGAGGACGUGGUCUCAAAUGCACAUGCACCGCAUGCAGCACCAACGCCGCCCACCCAGAGGGCUACACCAGCGAUUGCGAUUCUACCCGAGCUUCAUUCCCAGCCGGUCACGUCUGCAACUUCACAUGUCCGGAGAAUCACUACCAGACUGGCGGGGAUUCGGGGAUACUGUGCGAGAAUGGAGCCUGGGCGGGGGAGGACCUAGUGUGUGAAUUUGACGACUGUUAUUCCGCUCCGUGCGAGAACGGCGGGACCUGUAUUGACGGCGUGGAUAGCUACAGCUGUAACUGCACGGCAGGAUGGAGCGGGGACAACUGUACAGUAGAUGUCAACGAAUGUGAAACCAACAACGGUGGAUGUGAGCACACCUGUACCAACAAUGAAGGCAGUUUUGAAUGCUCAUGUGAUGCCGGCUAUGUCUUGAAUGGCGACGGCUUGAACUGUGAUGAUAUCAACGAAUGUGACGAUAACAAUGGUGGCUGUGAGCAGAUCUGCAUAAACAACAAUGGCAGUUUUGAAUGCUCCUGUCAUACCGGCUGGAUGCUGCACAGCAAUGGCUGGGCCUGUGCCGAUGUCGACGAAUGUUCUCCCUUCAAUGCUGGCUGUGAGCAGAUCUGUCAUGACUUGGAUGGUACUUUCGAAUGCCUGUGCGAAUCUGGCUACGUCUUGAAUGACGACGGCUUCUCGUGUGAUGAUAUCGACGAAUGUGCAACCGAGAAUGGUGGCUGUGAGCAGACCUGUACAAACAACGAUGGCAGUUUUGACUGCUCUUGUGAUGCCGGUUAUACCUUGAAUGGCAACGCCUUCGACUGUGACGACAUUAAUGAAUGUGACACAGGAAACGGAGGAUGUGAACAGACAUGUACCAACAAUGUCGGCAGUUUUGAAUGCUCCUGUGAUGGCGGCUAUACAUUGAACGGCGAUGGCUUGAACUGUGAUGAUAUCAACGAAUGUGACACCGGCAACGGUGGAUGUGAGCAGACCUGUACCAACAAUGUUGGCAGUUUUGAAUGCUCAUGUGAUGCCGGCUAUGUCUUGAAUGACGAUGGCUUGAACUGUGAUGAUGUUGAUGAAUGUGCAACCAAUAACGGAGGAUGUGACGACACCUGUACAAACAAUGAUGGCAGUUUCGACUGUACCUGUGAUGUAGGCUACGUCCUCAAUGUCGACGGCUUGACCUGUGACGAUGUCAACGAAUGUGAAACGGGCAAUGGUGGAUGCGCACAGACCUGUACAAACAGUGACGGUAGUUUCGAGUGCACCUGUAAUGACGGGUAUGCCUUAAAUGGCGACGGCCUCGCCUGUGACGAUAUCAACGAAUGUAACACCGGCAAUGGUGGAUGCGAGGACACCUGUACCAACAAUGAUGGCAGUUUUCAAUGCUCAUGUGAUGCCGGCUAUACAUUGAACGGCGACGGCUUGAACUGUGAUGAUAUCGACGAAUGUGCAACCGAGAAUGGUGGAUGUGAGCAGACCUGUACAAACAACGAAGGCAGUUUUGAAUGCUCUUGUGAUGCCGGCUAUACCUUGAAUGGCAACGCCUUCGACUGUGACGACAUUAAUGAAUGUGACACUGAGAACGGAGGAUGUGCGCAGACAUGUACAAACAAUGUCGGCAGUUUCCAAUGCUCUUGUGAUGCCGGAUAUACCUUGAAUGGCGACGGCUUUGCUUGUGAUGAUGUCGACGAAUGUGCAACUCUCAACGGUGGCUGUGAGCAGACCUGUACCAACAAUGACGGCAGCUUUGAAUGCUCCUGUGUUGACGGCUAUACCUUGAAUGUCGAUGACUUAAACUGUGACGAUAUCGACGAAUGUGCAACCAAUGAUGGCGGCUGCGAGGACACUUGUACGAAUAAUGAUGGCAGUUUUGAAUGCUCUUGUGGUGUCGGUUAUACCCUGAAUGGCGAUGGCUUCACCUGCGAUGGACGAUUGGUGCGACAAAAGUAG